UUCAUGCAUUUUACACAACACCGACUGCUUCCAGUUCAGUGGGGGUAACACGUGGGUCGUUAUUGGUUGUAUUUAGAAUAUACUGCAGUCAUAUUAGAGUUGUUUAUGAUCAUAAACAGCUGCAAUAAUAUAAAAUAUCCAACAACCUUCGUUGACGUCAAUACAUACCUAAUUCAAGAUGGGACCGCCGAGAAGUAAAAAAAGGAAGCCGACCUUUCGGAAGUUGCUUAAAACAAGCAACGUGAAGCUUGAAAACAAACUGAAGAAUCGCCAUUUCAAGCAGCAGAGCAGCAGCAAGAAGUACCGUAAAGAGCAGAAGAGACUCCGCCAGGCGCUGAAGGAUGAGUCGCUUAGGACUCCUGCUCCUUUGGAGCGGUACAAGAAAAGGGCAGAGGAAGAGCCUGAGGAGGAGUUUGAGGAAUCACUCCCGGUGGACAUGAUGGAGGAAAAUGACUUGGAAGAGAUGAGAGCCAUGGGCCAAAAGGCUUCAUUCCUGACCAGAGACAUAUCCUCCUGCGAGCCGGGGCACGCUAGGAAACGAAAGUCGGGCAACGCCGUGGAGACGUACGAGAAGAAGCCGAGGAGGAUGCCGGCGGAGGAGAAGAAGGAGGUCAUUCAUCUGCUGCCAAUCAAAGACAAGACUGGCAUUAUCCGGCAGACCAUGGAGAAGCCAGUGGUGGAGGAGGCAGAGGAGGAGGAAGAGGAAGAGGCUGAACUGCAGGAAGAGGAGAACGAAUCUGGAUAUGCAGAGGCCAUAGACAUGUCUGCACUGGACCCCGAGGAGCAGCUGCAGCUGCGCAGACAGAGGCUCCAAGACAGGAAGACGCGCAUCGCUGGCCUGGGUUCCGCCAUCCUUUCAGACCCCACCACCAACAUCAAGAAGCUGAAAGAGCUACGGUCCAUGCUGAUGGAGGCCGACCCCUGCGUGGCCGUCACCGUCAGGAAGGUGGUCAUGAUCUCACUGAUGGAGAUCCUCAAGGACAUCGUCCCAUCUUACCGCAUCCGGCCUCUGACCGAGGAAGAGAAGGCGACCAAGGUGAAGAAGGAGACGCAGCAGCUGCGGGAGUUCGAGGAGGGCCUGGUGAGCCAGUAUAAGUUCUACCUGGAGGACCUGGAGCAGACCGUGAAAGAUUGGAAGCAGAAGAAGAAGAAGAAGAGCGAGACAGUGAGCCUGCAGGCCUACAAGGGCCUGGCCCUGGUAGCCAUCCGGUGUCUCUGCGAACUGAUGGUGGCCCUGCCCCACUUCAACUUCCACAACAACAUCCUGGUGAUGGUGGCUCCCCUCCUGAACGACGCCAGCCCCGAGGUGUCCACCAUGUGCUGUGAACAUGUGAAGAAGCUCCUGAAGCAGGAUAAGAUGGGCCAUGCUUCGCUGGGAAUGGUGAAGGUGAUCUCAGGACUGGUCAAGAGCAGGAACUACGACGUGAACCCAGAGGUGCUGAAGUGUUUGCUCAGCCUCAGGAUAAAGGAGGUGGAGUUAAAGAAAGACACAGAACAUGUCGCUCCCAAGAAGAAGUUCAUGACCUACAAAGAGAAGAAGAAAAAUUUGUCGAGGAUGCAGCGGAAGUGGAAGAAGGCCGAGGAGAAGCUGGAGAAGGAGCUGCUGGAAGCAGAGGCGUCAGAAAGCAAGGACAAAAAGAUCAAGCUGCACACAGAGACCCUGAACAUCGUGUUCCUGAUCUACUUCCGAAUACUGAAGAAGGCCCAGAAGUCUGUGCUGCUGCCCGUUGUGUUGGAAGGAUUAGCCAAGUUUGCUCACCUCAUAAAUCUGGAGUUCUUCGAUGAUUUGUUGACAGUGCUGCAUAAUCUCAUCGAGUCCAAGGACCUGACCUACCGUGAGUGUCUCCACUGCAUCCAGACAUCCUUCACCAUCCUGUCUGGUCAAGGUGACGUCCUCAACAUCGACCCUUUGAAGUUCUACACACACCUGUACAAAAUCUUGCUCCACCUCCAUGCAGGGGCGACGAACGACGACGUUCGCAUAGUGCUGCACUGCCUAGAAUCCAUGCUGGCCAAGCGCAGGAAGCAGGUCACCCUCCAGAGGGCGCUGGCCUUCCUGAAGAGGAUGAGCACGCUCAGCCUGCACGUGCUGCCAAACUCCACCGUGGGCCUCUUGGCGUCCGGCAGGACUCUGAUGCAUGCCUUUCCCAAGUGUGACCUCCUGCUAGACAAUGAGUCCCAGGGCAGCGGCGUCUACUUGCCCGAGCUGCAGGAGCCCGAGUUCUGUAACCCUCACAACACGGCGCUGUGGGAGCUGCACAUGCUGACGAGGCACUACCACCCCAUGGUGAGGAAAUUUGCCACUCACCUCGUGGUGGGGGCACCCAGCGAAGGCUCCCGGGCCCUGAGCUCCGAGUUGAGCAGGAGGUCGGCAGUGGAUCUGUUUGAGGAGUACAGCCCCAAGGACAUGACCUUUAACCCCCCAGUGCCCACAAGUUCCUCUAAGAAGAAGGAGCACUUUGACGCCGUUGACGUGUUUCUGGACGCUCAGUUAAAGAGACAGGUGGACGACGCUCUAGCGGAUACGACGGCUUCGUCGGCCUUGGACUUCGCCACACAUUUUGGGAAUGCUUCAUGCUAGGAGGAUGUGUUUCACAGCAUCUGUACAGCAUGGACUUCAAGGCUGUGUCAGCUGGUACCAACUGGACAGGGUCAACUGUAUGUAUAUAUCAUGUGUUUCUGAAGAUGAACAUUUUUAUUCUAAAUAUGUUUUAAGUGCCUUUUUCAAAGUGUAAAUGAUCAUUUCCAAAAACAGUCCAGGUGGCUUCUGAACCCAUCCUGGAGUGACAGUUAUCACGUCCACACACAAAACCUCAUCAGGGUGAAUGAUUGGAGUCAGUGGUUCUCAGUCCUGUUCCUGGAGGACCCCCUGCCAGAAUGUUUUCAUUCCAACCCGGACUGCUUUAAACCUGCCAGACAUUAUUAGCCUAUUAGGGACCAUAUAAGCCUGAUUUAAGGUAGGAUUGGAAUGAAAACAUUCUGGCAGGGGAGGCACCAGGAACAGGUCUGAGAACUGUACUGAGAACUGAAUUAAUCGGCAGGAACCUCCUGGUUCUGCUAUAGUUGUAGGAACCUGAGUACUUCAGUAAAAUUUAAAAUCUAUGUAGCAAGCUCUUUUAUCCAAAUUGACAUGCAGUCAAGAAGCAGCGUCAGACUUGCCUCGAUUCACACCAACGUGGUGCCGGACGACUUCUCAAUCUGGAAUUGGAUCCGUGCGUUUCCACUGCAAAACGUUGGCCCUGGGCCAGAAAAAAAGUGCUCCAGCAUGGCACCAUAGAAAAGCUGGUCUCAGAAUUUAGCACCGUAAUGUCAGCGAAAGGGGGACAGGGUGUCACAUCCUCCCCUUCCGGACACCCAGAAAAUUCGAUCCAUAACCAAUAUAGUUUUGUCUGAUAUCACUGGUACUGGCAGUGAAACGUUUUGCCAGCUUAUUAGCAGAAUAACGUUACAUCACUUUUAUUCCAUUCUGUGAAAAACAAAAUAUUGUGUUGCUCGUCAGAUUUAAUAAAUUAUAACCAUGUC